AUGUCUCUUCAACCCUUCUCUAAGCGGUUGUUUACGACCACGUUGAGAAGAAGUCAAAUCAUAGCUUCCAAGAUAAAAUCGGAUGAAAUAAACACAGAUAAAAUUUUCCAGCGCCAGUAUCGUGUCAUUGACCAUGAGUAUGACUGUGUUGUUGUUGGUGCUGGUGGAGCAGGUCUUCGGGCUGCAUUUGGCUUAGCCGAGGCCGGAUUCAAGACUGCUUGCAUAUCGAAGCUUUUUCCUACUAGAUCACACACGGUUGCAGCACAAGGAGGUAUUAACGCAGCUUUAGGAAAUAUGCAUCCUGAUGACUGGCAUUGGCACAUGUAUGAUACAGUCAAGGGAUCAGAUUGGUUGGGAGAUCAAGAUGCUAUCCAUUACAUGACUAGAGAAGCACCGGCAUCAAUCUAUGAGUUGGAACAUUAUGGUGUACCGUUUUCAAGGAAUGACAAGGGUAGAAUCUAUCAGAGAGCUUUUGGAGGUCAAACUAAGGAGUAUGGUAAAGGGGGUCAGGCUUAUAGGACAUGCGCAGUUGCAGACCGUACCGGCCAUGCAUUGUUGCACUCUCUCUAUGGGCAAUCUUUGAGACACGAUUGCCAUUUUUAUAUCGAAUUUUUUGCAAUGGACUUGUUGAUGCAGGAUGGUGAGUGUGUGGGUGUGAUUGCUUACAAUGAAGAGGACGGUACUUUGCAUAGAUUCAGAGCCCAUAAAACUAUUAUCGCCACAGGUGGAUAUGGACGGGCAUAUUUUUCAUGUACUUCGGCACAUACUUGUACUGGUGAUGGUUAUGCAAUGGUUUCACGUGCUGGUUUACCAUUGGAGGAUUUGGAGUUUAUUCAAUUUCAUCCAUCAGGGAUAUACGGCUCGGGAUGUCUUAUUACCGAAGGAGCAAGAGGCGAAGGUGGGUUCUUGAUCAAUUCUGAAGGUGAACGUUUUAUGGAACGUUACGCCCCCUCGGCAAAGGAUUUGGCGUGUAGGGAUGUUGUAUCUCGUGCGAUUACUAUGGAGAUCAACGAGGGCAGAGGGGUUGGACCAGAAAAAGAUCACAUGUACUUGCAAUUGUCUCACAUCCCAGCCGCUGUUUUGAAGGAAAGAUUGCCAGGUAUCUCUGAAACUGCUCACAUUUUUGCCGGUGUUGAUGUUACCAAGGAACCAAUUCCCAUUUUGCCCACUGUUCAUUAUAACAUGGGAGGCAUACCAACUAAUUGGAAAGGUGAAGUCAUCACAAAGGACAAAGAUGGUAAAGAUAAAGUUGUUCCAGGGUUGCUUGCUUGUGGAGAGGCUGCAUGUGCAUCAGUGCAUGGGGCCAACAGGCUAGGAGCAAACUCAUUAUUAGACUUGGUUGUUUUCGGUAGGGCUGUGUCUCAUACAAUAAGAGACGCAUUAAUACCAAACACUCCGUUAAAGCCUAUGGACGCCACAUUGGGUAAAGAGUCAAUUGAGAAUUUGCACAAAUUGCGUACUGCCAACGGCACUAAAUCAACGGCGGAAAUUAGAUUGGAUAUGCAGAAAACUAUGCAAAAGGGAUGUGCUGUUUUUAGAAUGCAGGACACAUUGGAUACUUGUGUCAAGCACAUCAAUGAAGUUGAUAAAGACUUUGCCAACGUAAGAACAACUGAUCGUUCGAUGAUUUGGAACAGUGACAUGGUGGAAACUUUGGAAUUGCAAAACUUGCUUACUUGUGCCACUCAAACUGCAGCAGCUGCUGCAGCCAGGAAAGAAUCGAGAGGUGCGCAUGCAAGAGAGGAUUAUCCUGAUAGGGAUGACGUUAAUUGGUGGAAGCAUACAUUGACUUGGCAGCUGAAUUUUGGUGCCGAAGUGAAACUUGACUACAGAGAUGUAAUCAAGCACACUUUGGAUGAGAAUGAGUGUAAGCCUGUGCCACCGACUGUAAGAGCAUAUUAG